AGAACCAGAGAGUUGGGAUGGGACGGUUCUGUUAUCAUAUAAUAAAAUGAAAAGAAGGAAUGAUGUCCGAUUAUUGUCCGCCACGUGCAGUUUCCGUUGGCCCCGCUCAAUCUUCCUCGACACUCCAAUAACCAUUCGACGUCGGAUUCCUCUGAUUUUCGUACAUAUUCCGUUUGUACAGCGUUUUCCGAUUGCUUUCCCACUUCCAAAAUGUUCUAAAUUUCUUUUAACCCCAAAAGAAAUAGAAGACACUUUUGGGGUUUGAUUCGAUCUGGGUUUGAAUUAAGAAAAGGGUCUUUUUUUCCUUUUCUCUUUUUUGUUGGAUUUCUAUUUGUAGAGUUCAAGCAAAGUACGCUAUGGCGUAUAAGUUUUGUGAACAAUCUGUUUAAAUGCUCUGUUUUUGUUUUUUUUUUCACUUCUAAGUUUUCCCAAUUAGAUCGUGGAUUUAUAUUCAUUAGCGAUUGGUGGGUGUUCUUGACCAGAUUUUUCAGGAAGAGAACAAGAAACGUUGGUAUUUGUUGGUUGUGGCACCAAGAAAAAAAAAAAAAAAAAAAAAAAAAAAACUGCAUCUGAGUGAAGUCAUCUUUGGAUGUCAGGUUUUUGUUUCUUGGUGUUGUAAUAUACUUUGAGACUUGAAGAGUUAGUGAGAUGGAAUUUUCUGCCCUUCUAACUUCGGUUGGAAUUAAUAUUGGGAUUUGUGUGGUGCUUUUCUCUCUGUAUUCGAUAUUGCGCAAACAACCGAGCAAUAUAACUGUCUACUUCGGUCGGAAAAUUGCUACGAGAAAGUUAAAACACUGUGAAACCUUUUGCUUAGAUAGAUUUGUUCCUUCUCCUAGCUGGAUAGUGAAAGCUUGGGAAACAUCCGAGGAAGAAAUAUUGGCUCAUGAUGGCCUGGAUGCUGUGGUUUUUCUCAGGAUUAUUAUAUUCAGCAUUCGAGUUUUUUCAAUUGCUGCCAUCAUUUGCAUGUUUCUAGUGCUUCCAGUGAAUUAUUAUGGCCAAGAAAUGACUCACAAGAUGAUACCUUCUGAGUCAAUCAAUGUUUUUGGCAUUGAGAACGUCAAGGAAAAUUCAAAGUGGCUUUGUGCCCACUGUAUCGCUUUAUACAUCAUUUGUUGCUCGGCUUGUGUGCUCCUUUACUUUGAGUACGCGAGCAUCAGUAGAUUGAGACUUAUCCACAUCACUGGGUCUCAAAUGAAUCCUAGUCAUUUUACGGUUUUAGUGCGGUCAAUUCCCUGGUCACCAGAGGAGACUUAUAGUGAAACUGUUAGGAAGUUCUUCACCAAUUAUUAUGCAUCAGAUUACUUGUCACACCAAAUGAUAUAUCGGUCUAGUACCGUACAGAAACUGAUGAAUGAUGCAGAGAAAAUGUACAACAUGAUGAAGGAAAAUUCGGUCGAAAUGCAUUGUCAGAAGUUAAAAGGAGGCUGUUUUUGUGCAGGACCAACAAAUUCUUUUACAAUUCUCCCUAGUGUAAAUGAUAGUGUGAAUGACAAAAAACUAUAUGGUAAUAUGGAUUUGAUUGCCGGAGAAAAGGAGUGUUCUGCUGCUUUUGUAUUCUUCAAGACUCGAUACGCUGCGCUCAUAGCUUCGAACCUUCUUCAGUCAGCAAAUCCUAUGUCAUGGGCAACAGACUUAGCUCCAGAUCCUCAUGAUGUUUAUUGGUCAAAUCUUUCUAUACCAUUUAAACAACUUUGGAUUCGUAAGAUAGGAAUGCUGGUCGCUGCUACCGGAUUCAUGCUCGUGUUUUUGAUUCCUGUAACAAUCGUUCAAAGUAUGACGCAACUGGAACAACUACAGCAGACAUUCCCAUUCCUUAGAGGCUUCUUGAAAAUGAAAUAUAUGAGUGAACUGGUGACGGGUUACUUACCGAGCGUCAUAUUGAUCCUAUUUAUGUAUCUGGUUCCACCUACUAUGAUGACAUUGUCAGCCCUGGAGGGAUCUAUUUCUCGCAGUGGGAGAAAAAGGAGUGCAUGCCUUAAAGUCUUGUACUUCACGAUCUGGAACGUCUUUUUCGUUAACGUAUUUGCUGGGUCUAUUAUUCAUACAUUGAGUGUCUUUUUCAGUUUUAAGGACAUACCUGCCCAAUUUGGCAAAGCAGUACCAGCACAGGCUAGUUUCUUUUUGACUUAUGUUGUAUCAUCUGGAUGGGCAAGUUUGUCUUGUGAAGUUAUGCAACUUUUUCCUCUUACUUGCAAUUUUAUCAGAAGAUGGAUACUUAGAAUCAAGAUUGAACCCAUUUAUGAGCCUCUUGCAUUUCCAUAUCACACCGAAGUUCCUCGAAUUCUCCUCUUUGGUUUCCUUGGCUUCACUUGUUCCAUCUUGGCUCCUUUGAUCACACCCUUCUUGCUGUUUUACUUUUUUCUUGCCUACCUUGUUUACAAGAACCAGAUUCUCAACGUGUAUAUAUCGAAAUACGAAACUGGGGGACAAUUUUGGCCCAUAGCUCACAACACAACCAUCUUCGCUAUGGUAUUGGCUCAAGUAAUUGCUCUUGGAGUCUUUAGUCUAAAAGAAUCUCCAGUUGCAUCAGGUUUCAUAAUUCCUUUGAUUAUCGGCACGCUCCUCUUUCACGAGUACUGCAGGCAGCGAUUCCGUCCAAUAUUCCGAAACACAGCUGCAGAGGUGCUAAUUGAGAUGGACCGAAAAGAUGAACAAUGUGGGAGGAUGGAAGAGAUCUAUCGACGACUGCGUACAGCCUAUUGCCAGUUCACACUCUUGGCUAAACGAGACUGUAGUACGUGGGGGUGUUCGAGUAGUCAAGACACCGAAAACAGUGUCACAGAUGCAGAAAGCGCGAGACCAGGGAAUCCCAAGCAAGUAAUAGAGCUGUGGAAUGAUCCUUGCCAUUUGGGUGAACCAGUACUCAUCAACAAGUAAAUUCUCAGUCUUUUCUUUAUUUUCAUGCUUAAGUGUUCUGUUAAAUGUACAAAUUUUAUUUCAAACCAUGUUCAUUUAAAGACUUCACUGUCCAUGAAAAUAUCUUUUUUGGGAAGCUCCUCAAAGUUUAGUGAUAUGUCAAACAGAUUUAAGAAUGUUGUUAGAUAUUCCCAAUAA